AUGCCUCACAUCGCAGACUCCGGCCCUAUCCUGGAAGGCUCCAACAUCGACCUCCGUCAAAAGAUGGCAGAGGACGUGCGCAGUACAAAACGCCCCUCCCCCCCCGAACUAAUCCAAUACGAAGUCGGCCUCACCGCCGACUCCCUCCUAACAAUCCUUAACAGCCGAGCCGAAGCCCGUCAAAUCAUUCGCCGCGAGUCCGACAGACUCCUCGUCCUAGUCGGCCCCUGCAGCAUCCAUGACCCUGAGUUUGCGCUUGAGUAUGCAUCCCGCCUGCGUGAGCUGGCAACCGAGCUCCGCGAUGAUAUCUGCAUCGUGAUGCGCGCGUACUUCGAGAAGCCUCGGACGACGAUCCUCGAUACCAUCUCUCCGCAGUUCACGGCUGAUUUGAUUACCGUGGGUGCGAUCGGGGCGCGGACGACUGAGUCGCAGCUUCAUCGGGAGUUGGCGUCGGGGUUGUCGUUCCCUGUCGGGUUCAAGAAUGCGACGGACGGUACUGUCAAGACCGCUGUUGACUCCCGUAAGUCGAUGCGGGCUCAGUAUCACUUUAUGGGGACUACGAAGCGGGGGUUAAAUGCUAUCACCACCACCAAGGGGAAUGACGAUGGCUAUGUGAUCUUGUAUGGUGGAUCUCGCGGUACGAACUAUGAUAGCGAGUCUGUCAAGGCUACUCGCGAGCUCCUGCGCUCCAAGGGCGAGCGGGACGCUCCCAUGAUUGACUGCUCUCACGGCAAAUCCCAAAAGAACCACCUCAACCAACCCAAGGUUCUCAAGGUCAUCGAAGACCAGCUGCGCCAGGGCGAGGUCAGCAUCAUCGGCGUCAUGGUGGAAUCCAACAUCCAUGAUGGAAACCAGAAGUCCGCGCCGGGUCCGCAGGAUUGCGAGAAGGGUGUUAGUAUCACCAAUGCGUGCAUUUACUGGGAGACUACCGAGGCGUCUAUGCGGUCUUUGGCACAGGCUGUUUGGGACCGCUGGGCUCGUGCUGCGUUUGGGAAGGGCCAGACAUAAAGUGGGGAGUUUUUAUUAGAUUGGAU